AUGCCCGAAGUACCAGAAGUCCCACAGGUCCCUGCCUUUAAUCUAACGGAAUUGGACCACAAGCUCCUGGCCAUGACCGACGAGGAGUUCGUAUAUCACGACUGGGAAGACCUAAAAAGUAUCAUCGCGCGGAAUGAUCUCGGUGCACUCAAGCGGAAGCCUUCCGAUCUCCGCCGAUACCUGGCCUGGACACAAGAGACCAAAGCGAAGUAUGCGGCAGUGACUCCGCGGUUAUCAAGCAAAGCGGGCCCCCGGCGACCUUCAAAAACCCGCGUCCCUUUGCCGAUCCCGAGGACUACAAGAUCCUCCGAAAAUGACUGGCCAUAUGGUGUCACCCCCGGAAUCUCGCAUCUGGUCGUGUGGUUGCGCACUCCCAUCCCUGUUAAAUCUGACGAGGGCCAUCUGACCGAUGAAUCUCGUGCGAUGAUCGACACCUUUGUUCGAAAGACUUUCGUGGACCGAUUGGCUAAGGAUCCUCAAAAUUUCCCGGACCCUGAGUCCCAUGUGCUAUGGUUUAAGAAUUGGGUCGGUCUACAGAGCGUGAGGGCAUUGGAGCAUGUCCAUAUUUUGGUCCGUGAUGUCCCCGAGGAUAUCUUAUUCGAAUGGACAAAUGAGUGA